AUGGCCGCUCUUGAGUUUACUACAAAAACCAGCAGUAAAAACCUUCCUCCAUCACCAAGAAAGCUCCCAGUUCUGGGACACAUGCAUCUUCUUGGAACACAUCCACACAGAUCACUUCAGAAAUUGGCUCAAAAGCAUGGGCCAAUGAUGAUGCUCCAACUUGGCAGUGUCAAAACACUCGUAGUUUCAUCAGCUGAAGCAGCUCAAGAAAUCAUGAAAACCCAUGAUUUGAACUUCUUGAACAGGCCUGAAUCCGAGAUCAAUCGGAAGCUUUUGUACGAUUUCAAGAAUGUCUCAGUGGCACCUUACGGAGAGUACUGGAGGCAAAUGAAGAGCAUUAGUGUGCUUCAGCUUCUAAGUAACACAAGGGUUCAAUCCAUUCGUUACAUAAGAGAGGAGGAAACAGAUCUCUUGCUCACAAAAAUCCGCGGGGGAUCAGUAGCUGCACCAUCAUCAGGUGUCAAUCUUAGUGAAAUGUUCAUGGCUUUGACGAGUGAUGUGGUGAGUAGAGCUGCUUUUGGGAGGAAGUAUAGCGAAGGAGUAAGUGGGAGGAAGUUUAGAAAAUUAAUGAGUGAGUUUGUGAGUGUUUUGGGAGGAUUUGAUUUUGGGACAUUUUUGCCAUGGCUUGGAUGGGUUGAUCGUGUUAAUGGUCUAACGGCUAGAGUGGAGAGAAUUGCCAAGGAAAUGGAUGAGUUUCUUGAGGGUGUCAUAGAAGAGCAUUUAAAUGGUGAUAGGAAGAAUAAUGAGAGCAGUGAACAAAAAAGUAGAGAAGAUUUUGCUGAUGUUUUGCUGGGAAUUCGUAACAACAAUGUAGCUGGCAUACCCAUUGAUAGGGACAGCAUCAAAGCUCUCCUUCUGGACAUCUUCUCCGGUGGAACGGAUACUACCUACACCGUUCUAGAAUGGGCAAUGACAGAGCUUUUAAAGCAUCCAAAAGCGAUGAAGGAUCUACAAACUGAGGUGAGAGGAAUUGUCAGUGACAGACUUGAGAUCGAUGACGAUGAUUUGGAAAAGAUGAAGUAUUUGAAAGCAGUCAUUAAAGAAACGCUACGAUUACAUCCUCCAAUACCGUUAUUGGUCCCUCGCAAUGCUAGCAACGAUGCUAAAAUAAUGGACUAUGAUAUUUCAGCUGGAACUAUGAUUAUCACCAAUGCCUUUGCAAUUGGAAGAGACCCUUCAUUGUGGGAAGAACCAGAUGAGUUUAAGCCCGAGAGAUUCUUGAGUUCUUGCAUUGAUUUCACGGGCCAUGACUUCCACUUGAUUCCUUUUGGAGCUGGGAGGAGGGGCUGCCCGGGAAUUUCUUUUGCGAUGGCUACAAAUGAGCAUGUUUUAGCAAAUCUUUUGCUCAAAUUUGAUUGGGAUCUGCCUGAUGGAGCAAAGGGCUCCGAUUUGGAUAUGACUGAAUGUACAGGUUUGACAAUCCAUAGAAAAAUUCCUCUUCUUGCUGUUGCAACUCCAGUUUAG